ACUUCCUUCGCUCCCGCCGCCUUCAGCGACAGGACGCAAGAGAGGGUCACCAAGAUGAAGGAAGAAGGACGUAGGUUCCUCUUCGUCCAAUAUCCUUAUGUUCCUGUCACGAGCGAGGCGUACGAGGCUGUCAGCGGUGAGAAAUUGCUCCUGAAGCUCAACAACAGUCAACCUUACUACGGCCUGAUCGAAGACACGGUCGUCGGGUAUCCGGAUUACUGCAACGAAAACGCCUUUGCCAACUGGAUGAACAAGACUGACAUCCGGGGACUUUACGCGAACGCUGACGGGGUGAUGCUCUUCCAAAACACGCCGCUCAACACCGCUAUAAUGAACUACUCCCUUUGGAUCGGUGAGGGAUAGGUGGC